CUUCUUGCUCAACGAAGCCGGCAACUUCUAGUGUGGAAUGGCUUCUGUGAUAACUAUGCUCUUGUGAACACGCAUUCUCAUAUCUAACUUGCUGGUGCGUGGCUUAUAGCCUGUGCCAACUUUUACAGAACGAUUCUGUGAUGAAAGUUCGUAUAAACAAAAGAUCAUAUUAGUUAAUCACAAAAGCUUCAAAAUUCCACCUACCAAAUAUUCACCACCUUACCAUCCAAUGGCUCUGUGCAAAGGUCAUGGGCCCUACAACACUUCAGCUGCUCUCACGCCACAGUCAAACGUAACUGAUGAUGAUGGGCCUUCCUUUAAAAGGUAUACAGCAUGCCCUUCUGAAAAGGAUUCAAAAACAUUGGAAGCUGACAGACCAAUUGGUUAUGGCGCAUUUGGUGUUGUUUGGGCUGUUACAGAUCCUCGGUCUGGUAAAAGGAUUGCACUGAAAAAGAUGCCAAACGUGUUUCAAAAUAUUGUUUCCAGCAAACGAGUCUACAGAGAACUACGAAUGCUUUGUUUCUUCAAACACGAAAACGUUUUACGAGCAUUAGACAUUCUUCAGCCAGAUCCGAUAGAUCACAUGGAUGAACUAUAUGUUGUGACCGAGUUAAUGCAAAGCGACCUCCAUAAGAUAAUCGUUUCACCACAACCUCUAUCGUCUGACCAUGUCAAAGUAUUUUUAUAUCAAAUUUUAAGAGGAUUAAAAUAUCUACACUCUGCUGGUAUAUUACAUCGUGAUAUCAAGCCUGGAAAUCUACUUGUAAAUAGUAACUGUCUCUUGAAAAUAUGCGAUUUCGGACUUGCAAGAUGUGAAGAACCAGACAGAAAUAAAGAAAUGACACAAGAGGUUGUGACACAAUAUUACCGUUCGCCAGAGUUGUUGUCAGGUUCAACUUACCACUCUUAUGGAGUUGACAUAUGGAGUGUAGGUUGCAUAUUUGCUGAGCUUCUCGGUCGUAAAAUACUCUUUCAAGCACAAUCGCCAAUACAACAGCUUAAUCAAAUUGUGAAACUACUUGGUACACCGCAUCCAGAAGACAUUCGUACAUCAGGUGCUAGUGAAGGAGCUUUUCGUUACAUUCUGUCGCAACCCUAUCACCCUCCCGCAAUGCAUACAUUACAUAACUUGUCUAGUCGUGCAAACCACGAAGCUGUCCACCUACUUUGCAGAAUGUUGGUUUUCAAUCCUUACAAAAGAAUCUCGGUUGCUGAUGCAUUGACGCAUCAGUACCUGGAUGAUGGAAAGUUACGUUAUCAUACAUGCAUGUGCUCAUGUUGUGUAACAACAAGCUCUGGAAGACAAUAUUCAGCAGAACUUGAGCCGUGUACUCCAAUACCUUAUGAUCUAAGCUACGAGGAAAACCUAUACACUGUUCACCAUGUCAAAGAUGCAGUGUCUAAUUUUAUUGUUGACAUGCAUCGAAAAUCAGGUGUGGUCCCACUGUGUCUAAACACAGCAUCGCCUGUUUAUCAUCAGUUUCAGUCGUCAACCGUAGCACCUCAACCGGAAUUAACAGAUUCCCCACAUCCUUGGUGACCUAUUCAUAUCAUCUGAGACAGAAAUAAAAGUGGUCAGAUCUGUUGGUCAAGUGAGCCAGUUCCAGUGCCCUGCUGUGCGGGGAUGCUGGUAUAUCAUGAUGCAACAUCCGUUAUGUCCGAAGUUCUAUAAACAACAAUGUAUUUAUUGAAUUGCCAUAAAAUGGCUCAACAUCAAUGCGUGAAUUGUUUUGUUGUUGUGUAGUAACAUCUCGAAUGUCAUUGUUGAAAGGAAGCAGAAGUCUUCAGCCAAGAAUCGCUCGAAGUGGUAAUAUUUCCCAGCUUGUGACUUGUUGCUUCCCUGCACUCGUUUUUAUUGAUAGCAAAUAUAACUUUAUAUCGAAAAAGUAGGUCAGUAUUACAACUUAUUUUUUUUGAAUCUAUAAAGUUUUUUGUUGUUUAUAAGUCUUCCACGCAUUUUAAAUGCUGAAGCAAUUUUUUUAAAGAUUUUUUCUUUUUUGCAAGAAAAUAAAUUAUGCAUAUAUUAUAUAAUUUAGAAUUUAGGUACUAUUUUUUGUUUUUUAUAUAUAUAUCAUAAUUAUUUAAUUUGCAAUAAUAUCAAACGUUCUCACAACUGGUGCAUUCGUCCCUCCUUCGUGGAUGUUAUUCAGAGUGCUUUUGUUAUUUUUGUAACUAGUGGAAUGUCUUAUGUGUACACAAUCUCUUGGGAGAUCAUACUGACUCCUGUGUUAUGCACUUGCUCAUCUUUGAUUUCGCAUCACGAAGUAUGUGUUGUGCUGCUCCCCUCUUGUUUAUCACUGACUCUUGUUUAUCUUAUGGUAUUCCAAAAUGGCUACCAAAGGUUCAUCAGUCUGCGAGGGGUCGACUUUUUUUAAUAUUUCUGUGUGAGCGCUGUGCUUACAAUUUAAAGCCUUAUUUAUUUAUAUUCUGUAAUAUAUAUAUAAAAAACGCGGGCACAAAAUUGGUACGAAAAUUCCAACUAUGCUCUGAACUUAAUUCCGUAUUUUAUUACAUCACGAAAAUAUAUAGAGCUUAUUGUAAUAUAAAAAGUUCUGCUAUUCUCUUCCGUUUUUCGUAGUUUUUACAAUAAAUUUAUAAGCAGAACAAUUUCGUUUCAUUUUCGGGCUUAUGUUCUUUCUUUUUUUUGUAUUUUUCUUUAUGUCGGUCUCUUUUUUUCUUUUUCAUCUAUUGAAUAUAAUUAUUAUUUGUGCCGCCUUAUUUACUGUACAGAAAUUGUAAAUUCGAAUUUUUUGUUCCCAAAAAUGUUUUAAAAAAAGAUUUGUCAAUAUAAA